AUGACUCGCAUCACCGCGCCGGAGCUGUCGCCCUCGCCCCCGGACUCCCCGCCUCCCGCCCGCCGUUCCCCGGCCCUGGCGACCCCGCCCUCCCGCCGCCGCCCCUCCCCGUCCCCGUCCCUCGCGCUCACCCCCUCCUCCGCCUCCACCUCCGCCACCUCCUCGAGGCCCAGGCCCCGACCCUCGAUGUUGAUGCCGGAGAUGGAUCUUGGUUACGAGGUCACUCAUAUAUCACUUAAUACGGAUGUGUCAUCAUUACUCCUAGCUGGAUCACAUAACAUAAAUGUUCUGCAUGUACAUGAGAGGGUGUCAGAAGAUGGUGAUACAAUCAUAUGCAGGACCGCACCAGUUGCUUCUCAGAUUUUACCUACCAAUAAUGAUGGCAUAAAAGUUCUGCAGACAUCUUGGCACCCUUUUAGCAGCAGCCAUUUUGGUGUUUUGACAUCAGAUGCUGUUUUCAGGUUAUUUGAUCUCUCAUUUGAUUUAGAGCAACCAGAGCAGGAAUUUUAUUUGCAGCCAAUUCUACCUGGAAGAUGCCAGAAUGCUUCGUCAAUUUGUCCAGUGGCAUUCUCUUAUGGCAGUGAUCAUCUGUGGGAUAGAUUUUCGGUUUUCAUCUUGUUCAGUGAUGGUUCAAUUUUUGUGCUCUGCCCCGUUGUUCCAUUUGGAUGUGACUAUAGUAAGAAACAUAUUGAAGAGAUAUAUGAAGAUGUUAAUACAUUUGGGUUGAAAUCUUCAAAUCCAAAUGUUGUCACGAACUCACAUUUGGCCAUUGCAUGGUUGGAGGCAACAUUUCCGGAGCUGUUACGUCAAUCAGCAGAUAGCAGCACACUGAUGUCAAGAGCUCGUGCAUAUGCCCCAGUGGACGAUUCUCUAACUCUACAGGGGCCUCUUUGUAGAGUUUGCGAGGAAAACAAUGAACUCGAAGGCAAGAGCAGCUCUUGUGAAGGUAAAGCUGUGGGUUUUGUGUACAGCUCUGUUGGCAAAGAUUCAGUUCUUGUAACUGCCUGGGGUAGUGGACAGCUCCAGAUUGAUGCUUUAGCCGAUGAAAUCCAACCACAAUGGAGCAUUGGGGUUCCUACUCGCCUUGAUGUCGAUUCACAUGGACGCAUAAAGAGCGUUGCUAUGAUAUGUGACUCUAAUCCACAAGAUUCGUCGGCCCUGAGAUCACAUCGUUCAUCCAGUAUGGGAUCAAAUGUGAAGAGCAAUACAGAAGCUGUCUGGAUGGGACACUCUCCUCCUUUGCUAAGGCUCUCAAUUGUGGAUUUGGCACUACCAAAAACUUCUAACGGUAGCUCUUUAUCGUUAUUUCUGGACCCCCUUGUUCCGGAGAGAUUUUAUUGUGCACAUGGCGGGGGACUUGACAUGGUCACGUUGCACUUCCUGCCAUUUUCAUACCCCGAAAUGGCUUCCACACCACCCUCUGUGCAUCCUGUACUCACCACAGGCAACAGCGAUACAAGUUCUCCCUUCCUUUCUGGAUUUGUCGCCAUAGCGGAUGCGUAUGGCCAUGUGCAGUUAGUUGGCAUCACAUAUACUGGUGAGUGCUUUGUGGUGGAGAUGAAGGGUUGGAAGGAACCAACACCUCUUCAGCUUGACAUAUGUAGCAAGGACAUCAAGGAUGUGGAAUCUUCGACAACUGGAAUGAUCAGCAAAGAGCUUCUUGCUGGUCCAGAUCCACCCAUACUUCCAUCUUCAACAAGCCUGAGGUCGUUGACUCCUGACUCCAUCGAAGGGAAGUCCACACUUCAUCACUAUAUUAAGGUUUUCCAUGAGCACUAUGUGGAGUAUGGGCACAAGGUUUUCAUCGAGCUCAAGGAACACGAAGAUUAUGUGAAGACAGAGAUUGAAGACAAGCAGAAACGCUUACAAGCAGUGAAGCAGUCACUUCUAUCCAUAGAAGCCAAAGACGAGGAGAUAAACAGGCGGGUCGAUCGGGCCUCCAAGGUGUAUGAUCUGCUGGAGAAGCGCAUAGAAAGCUUCAAGAUGCUGCCUGCCGCAAACAAGAAACCAUUGUCACAGGCAGAGCUGGAGUUCAAGUCGCAGCUUGAUAGGUUUGCAGACGUGGAGCUGGACGCACUGCGUACUUCCAUUGCUGCCCUGAGCGCGAGGAUGAAACGGUUCGCUCAACCGUCCCUGGGCAGUGGCGCAGCCGGCGCAGGAAUGGCGCCAUGGCAGGCGCCGAAGGCCGGAAGAGGCCACGUUUCGGAGUCCCAGAUGUCGCUGAUGAAGUCUUCACUGGAGAGGCUGUCGCUCCUCAACGAGGAGAACAAUCAGAAGCUACGGGUCAUCGAGACUGAACUCAAGAACAAGGAACAGCAGUAG